CCAGUCGCACUCGUCGUUUUUUCCAGUCGCGUUCGCAAGUUUUCCUCUCCAUUUUCCCCACGACGUCCGCCUAAGGCGACGGCGACACUGCGGUACCACCGUCGACCCGUCCACGCACCGCACUCGCUCAACUAACCACUUCCGAUUCCUGAGUCGGCCGUCCGGCACCGGCGGUUUAAAAAACUCGCCUUCAAUUAAACCAUCCACCAGUCGGCGGCCGUGAUUCGAUAUCUGCAUGCGCCCAGACGCGGUGGCUGUUCCUGUUGCAGUGCUGUUCUUUGUGUGUGAUAGGUGCCCGAAGGAAGGACCCAGCAAUGCCCGACGAAAAGAAGAAAAAGGUGGAGGAGGAGGAGGAGGACAUAAUAUCGAAGGCCAUCGGGGAGUUCGGCCGGUGGCAGCUGCUGCACACCUUCCUGCUGUCCCUCUUCAACAUUCCCUGCACGUGGCACAUCUUCGCCCCGACGUUCUUCUCGAUCAAAAGGAACUACUGGUGCUCGCAGCCGAGUGAGUUCAGUGACGUGCCCGUGUCAGUGUGGCUUAACUGCACCCAAUCGUCGGACUCGUGUCUCACCAUAGACUUAGCUAAUGUUAAUCGCGAUGACAUUUACUCAUGCAACUUGGACGAGCUGCAGAUGCAGCCCUGUCACAAAUGGGAUUUCCAAGGACCAGGUGAAACUAUUAUCUCCGAAUUCGACCUGCUAUGUGAUAGAAAAUCGCUAAUCAAUUUAGCCGAAAUGACUUUCCUUGCUGGAGUGGCAUUCGGUGGUCUGAUCUGUGGAAUAAUGUCAGAUAAAUUCGGAAGAAAGAAAACCUUGAUGUUUUCAGUCCUCAUUCAGACUUUAGUUGGAACAGCAAUCGCCUUCGCCCCUUGGUUUGAGCUGUACUUCAUCCUGAGGGCAGCCCUGGGUUUCAUAUCAGUGUCAGUAGUCUUCAGCGGCUUCGUCCUGUCCAUUGAACUUGUUGGAGGCCAUUGGCGCACCGUCGCCGGCAUAUCAUACCUCUUCCCAGUCUCCAUAAGCUACAUGACUAUAGCAGGCGUCGCCUACUUGAUACAGGACUGGAGGCAGCUGCAGCUAGCAAUUUCGUUGCCCGGCUUCAUAUUCGUUGUGUUGUGGUGGGUGUUGCCGGAGUCGCCACGCUGGUUGUUGGCCAUGGGACGCACCCAUGAGGUCAUGAGGAUCUUGGAGGGGGCCGCCAAGAUGAACCAAAGGGACCUGCCACAAAAUUUGGACAAGCAACUGUUGCCCAGCACCAUCGACGUCAACGAACCGGAGCCCAACGUUGGUGUCUUGGACUUGUUCAAGACACCAUCCAUGUGCAAACGCACCAUGAUCCUCUUCCUGAUUUGGUUCAGCGUCUAUUUGGUUUACUAUGGAUUGACGCUCAACAUGCAGAAUAUUGGAGGCAACUUGUACAUCAAUUCGGCUUUGAUGGGUGCAGUAGAAAUACCGGCCAUAGCAGUCAGCAUCCUGAUCCUGAUCAAAGGAGGCAGAAGAUGGCCCCUGGCUCUGACCAUGAUCGUGUCCGGCGUGUGCAUCUUCACCAUCCCCAUCGACAUGUACGCCUCCCCCAACCUGCAGUGGCUCAGUACCACCCUGACGUUGAACAGCAAGCUGUGCAUCAGCAGCUCCAACGCCAUCAUGCCCGUGUACACGGCCGAGUUGUACCCCACGACCAUCAGGAACAUCGGCGUGGGGGCCGCCAACGUUUCGGCCGGCAUAGCCCUCAUUUUGGUGCCGUACUUGUGGGAGCUGGCGACGUUCUUCCCCGGCCUGCCCAUGCUCCUGAUAGCACUCUUCGGCAUCGUCGGUGGAGCUUCCGUGCUGUUUUUGCCGGAAACAGGAAGUGCCCCUCUGGUGGACACCAUCAAGGGGGACGAGGAAGUACCAACAGUGCGCAACAGCGACCCAAACGAAACGAAAAGGAUUAAUAAUAACUGUUGAAAUUUAUCUAAUUUGUACACUUAAUUUUUAUAUCUAGUUCCUUUGUAUAGAAAACAUUAAUACUCGUUAAUGAUGUAACUUUUUUAUGUACAACAAAAACUUAAUUUAGGACUAAACAUGUAUUCUCAUUAGAGUUAAUUAAUUAAUUUUUUUUUAACCAAAUUACUUUUUGUACCUUCAGAUGUUAGAACAAAAAUUUGAAUGUGUUACAGUCGAACUGUAAUUAUUAUUAUUAAUUAGCUUGUUGCUCAAAAAAAAUCAAACAACAUUAUAUGUUUCUUGUCAAAAAUUGUUGUGUUAAAACACUAUAUUAGUGUAAACAUAUAAACGUUGCAAUGUAUUAAAUCAAAGUGCAAAUUAAUGUAAAACAUUUUGGUUUAAUAUAAACCACCAAUUUCAGCCAUGUACAAUUUAUUUAUUUUAAUUUAAAUUUAUAGGGCUAAGUACUUAUAGUUAAUAGUAAUAUAAAAAUAUAUAAACAAAGCCACUUAAAUUGUUUACUUUUGAGACUGUGAAAAUUGUCAAAAAAAUUAUUUACUCAAAUAAGUGUCAAAAUCUUGAUGUCAAUUAGGAUCAACUUUUGUAGACUGUAAAUUUAUUGUUUUAUAUAUUUUUAUAAUGUUGUCUAUUUAUUGUAGAGACCUAUCGAAACCAAAUAUGUUUUAGAAUAUUUUUGUAUUAUAUUAGUGUUGUAUACAAUGUCUAACUUAAUUUUUUUAUUAUUAAAUAAUUGUAUAUAAA